AUGGCCAGGACGAGGACCCCCUCCACUUUGAAGCCAUUUGUGCCUAUUCAACCAAAGUCGAUAAGCCCUGAAGACCCCGAACUUCUGGCAAAACUUCAGGAGGUUGACAAAACUAUUGAAGACGCUAAAAAGAAGAAGGAGGUACUCAGUGCCAUUGCUUCCGAGCUAAAGGAUGCUAACCAUCAUGAAGCACAGCAAGCGGCGGAGGAUGUUGAGCAGGCGGGCAAAAUUUUAGCUGAUCUCAUUGCUUUACGUUACAAUGUCCUUGGAGAGUAA